AUGGAUCAAACACAAGCAAAUACAAUGUGUGAAAAAAAGGAAAUAAGUACACUAAAGAGUAAAAAUGGCGAACCAGUAGUGGUAAUAAACCACCUAAAUAGCGAUCGAGAUAUAACAAAUAUGGUUGAUCGACUUUUGUCAAGGAGUGAAUUUUCUUAUGCCUCGUCAAUAUUUGUUGUUGUACCAUCUGAUGACAAUGAAGCAGAUAACUCGUCUGAUGGUCGCAAUUCUACUAUUUGCGUACAAAUGAGUGCAAAUCCUAUGAAAUGGAAAAGACUGAAUUCAUCCGAAUACGAUUUAUCGCAACUGAGGAAUUCGUCCACUGCGCAUGGCGUAAGAAUAUCUGCAAAGGGAAAAAAGUUUUUAAUGGAGGGCCUGCCGACAACAGUAGUAUCUUUUCAUAACAAGGAAACCAUGAUCGAAUAUCAUGAAACAAUCCAGAGAGUAGAUUCAAUCCGGAGACAGAUAGAAAGGACGAAGAACAAGCUUUGUCAAGUAACAACUCCUAAUGAGAUUGUGGAAACAUUUGGGAAUUGCCAUGUCGUGGGUACCGACACGACUGCAGACAGACCCUGCUGUUGCGCUCCCAAACCCAUUGAGUACUCCGACUACAGCUGCAACGAUACAUGCGUAGCGAAUGUCACUUCCAAGCAAGUAACACCUCUUCUGGUUGAUCAUGGUCUGAAUAGCGAUCCAUUCCGUUCACCAGGAUUAAGCAUGAAGUCGCAUGACUCGAUUGAGCCCUUAAAUGUAUCAACCAUUCCAAUAGUGGCUGCCCCUGUUGAAAGUUCCAAUUCUCCUUUAGCAACUAAUAAACCUACUGAAGAGACAGGAAAAGAACCAAAUAUUAAACCGUGCCAAUGCACUACAGAAAAGUUGACGGCAUUGCUACAAAAAGCCGUCAAUACUAGUCUGUUACUGAAUAUGAAGUCUACUGGAUGUGGAGGAACUGAGAAUCUCCCACCCCCACAACCUCAUUGCCCAGUUUCUGGACAGAUGCCACCAGAACCAGGUAAAUUUGACGAUUGUCCCACUUGCUUGCAUCCACCAGAAGUCGACUUAUGUGGUUGUGACGAAUCCAAGAAACCAGUAAAACUUAAAUCAAAAUGCCCCUGUCCGUGGCGCCAUCCACGCUCCCGAAUGACCUCUCCAGCUGGCCUCAUUCCAGGUGAACUAGCCAAGGUGAGCCAGGGCCUGUAUAGUCCGGCGGAUCCAAUACAUCAGGGUGCGCAGACGCACCAAUGUGGUGCAGCAGGAGAGUCGGUGCAGACAAAAACGGGGGAAACUUGUACUCAAGCAGGCACAAAACAAACAAGAUUUACCUCUUCCGUCGGCACAUGCACUGACCCCAAUAAUGAUUGUCCCUGUAAACGGGGAAAGAAGAAAAGGAAGAUCAUAUGUAAGUGUCACGAGUCAGAACAAGAGUCAACUCUUGAAUCCGAUUCACAAGUAACUCCACCAGAAACACAGUGGGUUAGUGUUGAUGUUACCGAUGUUGAAAGGGUCGAUGAAAGAGAGGUUAUGAAGUUAAAGUCAGGUUUAACGGAGAGAGUUUCAGGAUUCAAAAUGCAUCAGAAGAAACGUCCGCCGGCCCCGACCUCACCCCCGCCUGAAGAGGAGAUUGAGUACACCCUCGACGAUGCCCUUAGGUACUACGCAGCUGUUAACCCAGACCUAUUCCGAACAAUAGUUGAAGAACAACAGAUUAUGAUAAAACCACAAGGAAACAAAAACAAAAAAGGACGUAAAGGUAAGAAAAGUAAACAGAAAGUGGAAUGUGAGUGCCCGUCUGAAGUCCCAGCUCCGCCUCCACCAUCUUCUGCUACCAAGCAAGCCCCUCAGCAGCCACUUGGUAUCACACCGAUCAUGUCACAAUCUGCACCAUCAGACGGCCAAGGUGAAGAGGACGAAGGCCCAUUUCGAGGACUGAAAUUUAAAAUGGCUGGCAAAGGUUCUGUGUCCCCAGGACUCGCUGGGAUUUGUUGCUUCGAUCUAUUUCAAGAAUCGUUUACGACGUGGUGA